AUGAACGAAGUGACGGAGCCCCUCUCGGGAGGACUCUCCGCUACGAACACGACCCCCGCCUUGGUGACCUUCACCUCUCGUAAACCUCCCCCCGAACUACCGGACAACUUUCUCUGGAAGGACGGACCUUCUUAUCUGCUGGGGGUGGUUACCGGGGUUAUGACUCUUCUUAUGAUAGUUGGAAACGUGUUGGUCCUAAGUGCUCUGUGUCUCAGAAAGAGUGUUAGAUCUCCCUCAAAUCUCAUUAUAGGAGCCACCUCCCUGAACGACCUCCUGACUGCUUUACUGUACUUAGUGUUUGUGUGUGUCUCUUGCUUUACUAAUACCUGGAUUGGGGGCGAGCUCGGGUUGUGGUGUCAAUUCUCAGCUACCUUCGCUCUAAUCUCCAUGAAGGUAACGUUUAUGAACAUAUCAAUGAUAGCAGUGGAGCGUCUACUCUCUAUUAGACUGCCACUCUACUACCGACGUCUCUGUUCCAGUAAGAGAGUCCUGGUUGCUAUAGCAGCCGCCUGGUUCCUAGUUUACUUAUCUGGAAUCCUUCUGAUCUACCUUCAGAACUAUGGUGAGGGGUUUUUUCGGUACUCUCGUCACUACAAGCAGUGUGUGAUAUACUGGGACCAAUCAGCAGACGAUACGUCCGCUAGCCAAGUGUACUCUACAUUCGAGCUGUCCUUCAAUGUUACUCUCUUCGCCAUUAUGCUCACGUGCAACGGGUAA